AUGAGGCCAAGCCGCCACAUUCCCUCCCUGAAAAUGUGCCAAGUGGAGGGCAAGAACCCAGUCCAGCAGGACAACGAGGACCUGGGCAGCAUGAGCACUCCUCUUCUAAGCCACCAUGGUUCGAACGUCCUGCCAUGCCACUCUGGGGCCAACAGCAACAGUUUGACCAAGGGUUUAAUGCUCCACAUCAAGGACCACCUCAUUGCCAGCCCUGGAAUAACAAUCAUGAAGGCAUGUGGAAUGACCAGCGGGAACAAAAUUGGAACAACCAACGGGAUGCUCCUUGGAACAAUCAGCAUGAGCCAUCAUGGAAUAAUCAGUUUGAACCCCCAUGGAACAACCAGCAUGAGCCACCCUGGGGAGGGCAGCGGGACCCACCGUUCAGAAUGCAGCGACCUCCACACUUCCGCCAGCAGCCCCCAUUCCCACCCCACCAGCAGCACCCACCAUUCAACCAGCCUCCACACCCCCACAACUUUAACCGCAUUCCUCCGCGGUUCAUGCAGGAUGACUUCCCUCCUCGACACCACUUCGAUCGUCCUCCAUAUCCUCCGCACCAUUUUGACUAUCAACAAGGAGACUUUCCACCAGAUAUGGGCCCUCCUCAUCAUCCUCCACACCGAAUGCCUCCGCCAGGAAUGGGAGAACCCCCUCCAUGGGGUGGGCCCCAGCACCCAGAUUUUGCUGGUCCCCCUCCAGGUUUUAAUGGACAGCCUCCCCAUAUCAGACGGCAAGGGCCCCCUCCACCACAGAUCAGCCCGGAUGAUCCUAGCCUGGUACCCAAUGUGCCAUAUUUCGAUCUCCCAGCAGGAUUAAUGGCACCACUGGUGAAGCUGGAAGACCAUGACUACAAGGCUCUGGAACCUAAAGACAUGCGCCUUCCACCUCCAAUGCCACCUAAUGAGAGGCUUCUUGCUGCAGUUGAAGCAUUUUACAGCCCACCAUCACAUGACAGACCAAGAAACAG